AUGUCUGCCAGGAAGAAAUCAAUUGAAAAAGUUGUGGAACUGAGGAUGUGGAUUUUCAGGGUCAGUCGUAAUACAGUACUUUUAGUUGGUAUUGCAGCUUUUCGGAACGUCGACACGUUUUCAAAUUCUCCUGAUUUCUCAGCAGCUGUUUCAGUACACAUAGGUCAGGUGCUGGAGUACGAACCCGAGCUUGAGGUUCGAAUUGAAGGCUAUCGAAGCAAGGACUUCAAAGACGACUGUUUCCGUACAUGGAGAAGUUCAAAAAUAGUUGAAAGGUUUAAUUCUCGAACAAUAUAUUCCUCUCGGACGAAAUACCUCCUUUGUGGGAUAAUUGAUGUUGAAUCUGCUCUUUUGAUAGGAUAUCCACAUCUGAUAAUUGAGUGCUUCAAGGAAGGUUUCCCUCCGGACUGGAAAUCGGUAUUGCAAAACCAUUAUAUUGAAAUAAAAAAAAGUUUAAUCCGGAAUGUGCCUUGGUUUAUCAACAUUAUCUCACGCGAUUUAAUCUGUGAUCGCUCUGGAGAAGGUUCGUCAGCAGAGCAGUCAUAUUCUUCUAAAGAAGAUGAAAACCACUAUUUAGUGGAAGCUUUUCACGGUAACAGGUGUUCCGAUUUGGGAAUUCCCAAAUUGGAAAGGAGGUCGUAUUGUAGCAGUACAGUUGAGAGGCCUCGCAACAAACUUCCUUUUUGUCAGUUUUGCAACUGGACAUUCAAAUUUGCCGUGCGCGAUCGCGGUAUUUCAACACUUUUUGAGAAAUUCGGGCUUGUUCUUGAAGGAUUUAGGCUCGAUCAAACCUGUGAUUGGAAAACGUCUUGCGUGAUCGCUGUGGAACCGCCAGAUCACUUGUUCACUGCAUCCACAGAAUAUAAGUUAAUAGGACCAAUGAAUACUGCUCUAGCCUUACAACAAGGUUAUCCUAUGAAGUUUAUACGGCUGUUCCAGAAAGGUUUCCCAGAUAAUUGGCAUACUGUCAUAUCUGCCUUCUUCGACUGCUUCAUAGAACCUGAGCUGUAUGAAAGUAUACAGCCACUCGGUCAUAUACGUUCGAAUGCUAACAAAUCGCUCAACGAUCUACAACCUUUUUUGUCGAUUACAAAUACCGAGGCAGAGAUGAAGCCGAAAAGAAGAAAUAGGAAGAAAAAUAAUUGGUUAAGUGAAGAUUAG